GUGCACUCACCUCGAAACACUGCACCUCGUUCCCAAGGUCCCGUGCAGUCUCUCACUUUUCCGAGGCCAGUGUGGAGACUGCACGGACAUUUGUGGGAACUGGCACGCCCCUUCCGCAUUUCCAGUGGUGGCUGAGGCAGCUGUCCGGCUCGCCGACCCCCGGGGAUGUCCUAUCUGUGCCACUUGUGCUGAGUUGAUCGGCGAAGCUCCGUCUACAGGCUAGCCAGUCCCAGCUCUGUACGGGCGGCUGACCUUCUGAUCCCUGGCUCCAGGGGCGAUGUGACCUGGCACCGCGGCGGCGUGCCGAGCGUCCAUUACCGCCCGAUGAUGAGCCGGUGGUCUGCGUGCCAGUCGUCCCCGACCUCUGAUGACGAGGGCGGUGCGUCGGCACGCGCCCGCGCCGUCGCCGUCGGUCGCCGCCGACUCCGAGCCGUCGGUCGACGGCGGGUCAGUCGGUGGCCGCGCUCGGCUCGGCAGUGUGGCGCGGUGCGGUGCGGAUCGAGUGUAGCCAGCCAUGGUCGAGGUGCGCGGUCACAGUGUGGACCGUCUGGACGCGCGCAGCUCCGCUUCGGACGCGUCCGGCAGUGACGGCCAGAGACAGCGCGGCCGGCGCGCCCGCUCGGCCCAACGCUAUGGGGAGACCAAACCCAAGCGGCGGCACCGCUACUUCGGCUCUGCGGGCAGUUCGCUCACCUCGAUACCGGGCAAAAUCCAGCUGAGCAUGCUCAACAGCGGCCUGAUCCCCAUAGCCGAAGAAGACAAAGCGAUCCGAGCCAUUCCCAAAAAGCCGGUGGAGAAGGCCAACUUUAUCAAGUAUUGCGAGCAGCACAGGAAAUAUCCCAUCCUGUUCAAAGUCGAAUUUCAGCACGCCGGCCGGAUCGAGGCGCACCCGUGCCGCCACGGCACCAAACCGUGCAAUGAGCCCAAGAACCAGAACCACAAGAUCGUCCCCUACGACUACAACCGGGUGGUGUUGGACAUGCUGCCCGCGGAUCCCGAUCCCGUGGACGAGGCAGAGUCCGACUACAUCAACGCGUCAUACGUGGACAGUCUCCUCAAGCCGAACGCCUACAUCGUGACGCAGGGCCCCAACGAACGCACCCUCAACGACUUUUGGCGGAUGAUGUGGAAGGAGCGGUCGCCCUGCAUCGUCAUGCUCACCAAAACGUUCGACUUCAUUAAGGUGAUGUGUGUCCAGUACUGGCCCGUGCUGGUCGACCGGGAGGAGGAAUUCGGCGACAUCAGCGUCACACUGCUCAAGGAAGAGCAGCUCGCCAACUUUGUCAUCCGCACCAUCAAGCUCAAGAAAGACGGCGAGGAGCGGACUGUGCUGCAGUUCCACUACACCGAGUGGCCCUGUCACUCGUGCCCCUUCUCCAACGCCAUCCUGGAGUUCCGCCGGCGCAUCCGCAUCUGUCUGCGCCACCGGUCGCCGGACCUGGACGGACCGAUCGUGGUGCACUGCAGUGACGGCGCCGGCCGGUCGGGCGUCUUCCUGGCCAUCGACGCCAACAUCGAGCUGGCAGAGGAGGACGGCGUGUUCGACGUCUACGGCUACCUGAAGAAGAUGCGCCAGUCGCGCCGCGGGCUCAUCGAGACCAUCGACCAGUACAAGUUUGUGUACGACACGCUGGAGGAGUUUGUCACCUGCGGCUACUCGUCGUUCCCCGUCUCGGAGCUGUCACAGCGACUGAAAGAGAAGGCCGUCAAGGGCCCCGACAAGCUCAACGACUACCAGCGCGAGUUCAACCAGAUCUGCCGCCAGGUGCCCAAGUUCACCAUCGGCGACUGCGCCGGCGGCCACCGCGCCGACAACCGCCACAAGAACCGGGACGUCAUGAUCGUGCCGCCCGACAACUUCAGGCCGUACCUGACCUCAUUCCAAGGCACCAGCGCCACCGACUACAUCAACGCCGUGUUUGUCGACGAGUACAACCGAGCGCGCGAGUACAUCGUCACCGAGUGGCCGCUGCGCUCGACCCAGAGCGACUUCUGGAGCCUGGUGUACGACCACGACUGCAACUCGAUCGUGGUGCUCACCAGUCCUGGCGACAGUUCGAGCUUCCCCCACUUCUGGCCGGAGAGCACGCGCUCCAAAAAGUACGGCGCUGUGUUCACAGUGGAGCACAUAUCGCACCAGCACUACCAGAACAUCAAGUCCUGGAUCUUCAAAAUCAACAAAAAGGAGAUCGCGCCCUACCGUAAGACCAUCUCCACCAACGUGGAUCCGCAGCAGGGAUCACAGAUCGUCUCGCUGACGGAGCUGAUGGCCGGUGUCAAGGCUGAGGUGAAGACGUGCCAGCUGUUCCAGCUGACCUGCUGGCCGGCCGGCUACAAGGUGCCCACCUCCACCAACGCGCUCGUCGAGCUCAUGAACAUGGUGGAGCGGUGGCGGCAGCGCUCCGGCUACGGGCCCGUCGUCGUUGUGUCGCCUGACGGCCAGUGCCGUGCGGGCGUGUACUGCGCGGCCAACGCGUGCAUCGAGCAGGUGAUCCAGCACGGCGAGGUGGACGUGUUCCAGGCGGUCAAGACGGUCCGCCGCCACCGGCCGCAGCUCAUCUCAAACAUGACCGAGUACAAGUACUGUUACGACUUGGUGUUACACUACGUGCUGCACUACCUGAACCAGGAGGCGAGCGGCCACUGAGCGCGGUCGGUCCGUGUGACGGUCGGUCAGGCCGGGCGGGGCCGGUGUGUGACUGUGGUCUGUGGCCGCGGCAUCCAGUGAGCACAACUGCGCCGGCCGGUGGCUGAUCGGACUGUGAUUGUGCCGUGUGACGGCCGCCGUCGUCGGACGCCCGCGGGCAGCGGGGACGUCCUCCGGCGCAGUCGGCCCGCCGAGUGAGAGAGACAAACAGCACGCGGCCGGCAGGUCCCGGCGCGAAAUAACCGGCUUCGUAGUGGGCAGACGGGCGUGGGCUUAUCUGAAGUAACAGCUCGGUAUCUGAGUAUCUGUGACUGACCUGUAUCGCUGUAGGGGCGGUAUCUAACGUCGUGACGGAGAAAACGUGUCGCCUUAUACUGUACCUUUGAGAUCUGUUCACGUGAGAGCGAGUGUGGCGCCCUCGCGUGGUCACCCGCGGUGGGUGUGUGACGGCGGUUUUAUCCGCCCUGUGCGACUCCGCUGGACGGAGGUCCUGCACAGUGGAGACUCGCGCCGGCCAGAGCUUGACAGGCCCGAUUAGCCAUUACAUUGUGAUGCUAUUUUAGAGCAAGAGAUUCAUAUACAUAAGAUAGGGUGUAUGUUUAAGCGGGGGAUGCCGCAGUGGGUCGAUCCACCCUCCACGUCCGUUUAAGGUGCGAUAUUUUACGACUGUUACAGAUCUAAGUUGGGGCGGUAUUUGUAUACCGUGCCUUCCGGAGCUGGUAGGCGGUAGGGGCGCAGCUGGGGCCGUGGCGGCAGCUAUGGCUGACAGUGUAACCUGUGCCCGAGUGUCCUGUGUAUCUGUCAGACCGUCCGUCUCGGCCGGGACUCCCAAUGGGCGACUCUGACUCCCAGGUCUGGUGGCCUGACGCUCGGCAGUGGUCAGCAGAUGAUACAGAGGGGUCCGCCACCGGUCCGCGGCGUGGGCUUUCCGAGCUGCCGUACACAGAGGGCGUCACUGAGCGGCCGCUUCCGACAGAGCCCGUAUCCGAGCCGGGGUGCAAUGUUUUCGGAGGACGCCGACUGACCUGUUUUGUACGGUGAAUGACGAGAAUGCAAUAUACGACGGAUGGUA